AGCACAUCCAAAAAAAAAAACAGCAUGCCACUCGAGCCGGGAGGAUUUCUUGAUGACUGGCCUACCUCCAAUAACUCAUCCGGCUCGCGACGAACCCGGAACGACGGGCGGGAGAGAUUCGAGGUGCUGGGCGAUGCGGAUAGCACCUCGCGAAGAAGCAAGUUCGGACGCUUCCUCGGAGCGGUCCGCCGUUCAGAGCGCUCAAGCCGAGCUUGUUGUCCUUCAUCAUCACCGAUCCCAACUCGAGUCGGAGGAAAAUAAUGAUGAUCAAGAUGAAGACGAGGAGGAACUGGAUUCGGAAGACGGUCAAGAAGAAUCGGAACUUGGGUUCGAAGAAAGUGAAGACUCUGGUUCGGAAGAAAGUGAAGACUCUGGUUCGGAAGAAAGUGAAGACUCUGAUUCCGAAGAAAGUGAAGACUCUGAUUCCGAAGAAAGUGAAGAAAGCGAAUCAGCAUCAGAAACGGGCGAGAGUGAGAUGGAGGAAAAGUACGGACCGGUGACCUGGAAAGUAUGCCACAGGGGAUUCUCGUGGUUAGAAGGCCCGGCAGUGAACGGCAGCAGUCCGGUGCUACUAGUGCGAGCGAACAAGCGACUGGUUGAGCUCCUUCUGGAGGGCCGACAUGCCCUGGAAUGCUUGCCGUGGAGCGCGAUAUGGAGGAGCGUACUGGAACUCGACAAGUCGCUCAACCGCUCCCACUCGGCAGGACGCCUCAAAUCCUUGGGAUUGUUCCUCCCGAUUCUUUCUCGGCUGUUUGAUGAUCUCGACCGAUCCAUCCACGCGCCGUCGAUCAACUCGAAAGCCUAUCGGCAAGGCUUGGACCGACACGAAGCCAAGGCGCUGACGGUGAUGCAGCAGAAAUGGCCGAAGCUGCGGAAGCAAGAGAUGCAUGUCGAGCUUCGGACGCUUAUCCAACAACAUUCCGUUCCGAAGCCCCAGACGAUAGUUGGUGCCCACGACCGUCCUACUCGGAUAGUCCUCGACUCGCUGGAGCGGGUUCUCUUGCACCUGACCCACCGCCUAUCGCUCUGUAACCUCAGACUGGCCAAGCUGCCAGCAGCACUACUUGACGCGGAGACCAUCACAUCCUGGUACACAUCCUUCGGCCCGAUCUUUGGGUCUUCCUCCAGCGGUCCUCUCCCUCCUGAACCGCUUGAAGGACUGAGCGCAGAUGCGAUGGGCAGGAUCAAAUAUCUGGACGUUUCGCGGAACGAACUCACUGAAAUACCUCAGCGGCUGACCUCGGUCUUCCCGCGGCUCUGGAAGUUGAACCUGACCCGCAACCCGCUCGACUGUCUUCCGAUGAGUCUCCGGGAAUGGGCGCGGGGAAGGGUGCGGGUGGACCGGCUCAAGCGCCGUCCGACGGGCCGACACCGGCUAGGUCGGAUCGUCGCGCAAGGCUGCGCCCCGCCGACGCUGGUCGAAAGCUGUCUGAGCCGUCUCAUCAAGGCCGCGGUUCCAACCCCUGAUCGGGGACCGCUUCCCCCUCAUCUUGUCGCCGCUCUCGCUAGAGGUCGGCUCUGUGACCAUUGCCGUCGCUUCCGCUGGGCUGCCCAGAAAGCUAUCUAUCUCCCCGGCCAUGGGAGCCGCCAGAAAAACCUCCCCCUCGUCUUCGGGCCGUCUUUCCUCUGCCCCGCCUGUCUCCAUCUUCUCUCCAUUCGUCCACCCGCUUCGUCUCAUUGA